UGGGUUUGCAAACAGAUGAAACCUGAUGCGCUCAUGGCGUGUCUUGCGCUCUGAAGCUGCGAGCUUCGGGCCAAGGCCUCGAGCGUUCUCAGGCGCUAGCCAGGCACCGUCAUGGCUGGCGGCGAGUGCGCGGCACGAGCUUUUUGCAAGGCUGCAUCAGCUGCGCAAAGGCAAGCGGAAGUCAGAAGAGGUGCUCCUCGUGAUCCAUGAGUGUCGGCGAUGGAAUUUGAUCCGGGAUCCACGUGACUGGGUUGUGGCCAUGGGUGCGCUGAGCCGGGCCCAGCUCUGGGAGGAAACCAUUGGGAUGCUGGAGGACAUGCACAAGGAUGGUGGUAUUGCCAUUCAUGCGUUGAACGCAAGUGUCUCUGCAGCAGGGAGGGCAACUCACUGGCAGACUGCACUCGCACUCUUUGGCCAAGCCAAGAGAUAUGCCGUCCUGCCUGAUGCGGUCACUUCCAAUGCAGUGCUUACUGCGUGUGACAAGGGUGGUCAGUGGCAGCGCGCACUGAAUAUUUUCGACGACAUGAAGUCCAGCCAUUCUCUCGAGCCCAAUGUCAUUACUUAUAGUGCAGUUAUGUCUGCUUGCGAGCACGGACACGCAUGGCAAGAAGCCUUGCAGGUCUUCAGAAGCAUGCAAGACAACAACACCGCUGUGGAUGUUGUGGCCGUCAACGCAGCACUCAGCGCUUGCGAUCGGGGGUGUCGUUGGCAGGAGGCACUUGCGAUGCUGGCAAACAUGGGCGAGGGAAGCCUGAAGGCAAGCUUGACGAGCUUUGGGUCUACCAUCAGUGCGUGUGGCAAUGCCCUUUACUGGGAGGCAGCUAUUGAUCUUCUGAGACUGUUGGAUGAGAAGCAGCUGAAGCCUGGCCUCAUUGUCUGGAACUUGUGCAUCAACGCUUGCCGCAAGGCCCGGAAGCUACACGCUGCGCUGGCACUCUUCAAAGAGCUGCCAGCCAGGUCAGAGCAGCCAGAUAUGCUGAGCUUCACAUCGAUUGCUUCUGCAUGUGCUUCCAGCGCAGAGUGGCAGCUUGCCGUAAGCUUCCUCGAGGAUGCCACAUCAUGCAACCAGACACCCGACACUGCCUUUUACAACGCAAUUUUGGGCGUAUGCCGAGAAGCAAGUCAAUGGGAGGAAGCUUACAGGAUUAUGCACGAGCUGCAGGAGCAAGGCCUGGCGCCCACCAUGUCCACUUUUAAGGCUGUCAUAGCUGCCUGCGCCUAUUCCAUGCGCUGGUCUGAUGCGCUGGACCACUUGCAAGCUCUGCAAAGGUCGCAGUUGGUUGGCACUCCUCGAGAGCAGGAAGACUUGAUCCUUCAGUAUGGCAUCGUCUCCAAGGCUUGUCAAGAGGCAGGACUCCGCCAUGUUGCACAAAGACUGCUUGAGGAGGCGGAACAAUCAGUGCCUUCAGAUGGGUUAGUCUCAAGCCUACCUGCAGAGUGGCUGAGCGUGCUGCACUGGCAAGCGGCAUUGUCAUUCUUCGAAGGGAAGCAGGCUCCCAAAGAGAACGCCGGUGUGGAGGUGGUCGGACUGGCGGACGUGCUGCUGGAAGCUGGCCGUGACGCGGAUGCCAUGAGCCUGCUGCUCGAGGCCCAGGAGGAGAGAAUCCUCCGCCUUUGGAAGGGCGGGAAGUUGGACUUGCAUUACCUGGGUCCAGGCUCUUGCUCGGCUGCUGUGGCAGAAGCUGCAGUCAGUGCGACCCUUUUGCAGCUUGCACACCGCCACCAGUAUUGCGCGCGACACGACCUGGACAUUGUUGUCGGGCGAGGAGCUAACAGCAUAGAGGGCAUGCCAAUGCUGCUGCCUGCCAUGCAGUCCUUCCUGGAUAAUCUAGGACUUUCGCCGUCUUCUGCUGGACCGGGAUGGCUGUGCGUGUCCAGAGAGUCAUUGAACAGCUUCUGGCAGGGAGAGUGCGCUGCGGUUCAAAGUGGAUGGCGCGUGCAGAGCCAAGCUGUUUUGGUCCCAUAAGUAUCCCUGGUCUCUCGAACCUCUGGCUCCAAACUGUAGAAUUCCAAUUGUUUCUCUCCAUGAACGCUUCCAAGCUACAAGUUGGCAACGCGCAGGCCCGCGCGACUGCCAGUUCCACUUGGGCCAUCAUCGGCAUCACUUUGAUUUUGCUGAAUGGAGUUCGGCGCUGCGCUCCAGUGGCGCUGCAGCCAUUCACUAAAGGACUAGGGCCUGCUGGCUGGUGUGCCUAUGUGCUUUCGGGAUUCUUCUUUGCUUAUGCAGAGGGCUACCGUGGCUUUCAGCAGAAGUUCUCGCCGCUGGUUGUCCGGCGAGCUUUUUUGCUGGAUGGCUCGCAGCCACUUCACCGUCAGGUGCUUGCUCCGGCAUAUGCUAUGGCCUUCUUCCACACGCACAGAAAGCGCAAGGCAGCUUCCUGGGGCUUGAUCGUUGGCAUCAUGGUGAUUGUUGCCCUUGUCAAGCGCAUGCCGUAUCCCUACCGGGCGAUUUUGGAUGCUGGCGUUUGUGCUGGCCUAUCGUGGGGGAUGGGUGCUACGCUUUACAUUUACUUCAAGUCCCUGUCUACCGGGAAGUUGCCAGAUGUUGACCCGUGCUUGCCGGAACCGUAGGAAAGCAACCUCCGCUGCUACUGGCACGUCGGCAUGUCCAGCUUUGCGAUUUCCUGAAGCUCACUGGAUAUCAAGCUGCUUAAGGUUUGGCGCCGGCCCGUGAUGAGCUUGUGGCACAGGAUCACUUUCUAUCAACCGUGGCACUCCGUUUCAAUUGCUGCUUAGAGCCUCACAGUAUGCACAAGGGGUUGAGAGGUUGAAAACGAGGAGGGGGGGCGAAGCAGUUUUGUGCAUCGUGCACACCUUGCUCACUUUGUCCUGUCAGCUCUGCCGCUCAAGUCUUUCUUCGGGGUGAGCAGUGAUGCGACUGAC